CGUCACCGCGUACCGUGGAACUACAACUACCGGAGCGUCACGGCCGAGUCCGUGCUGCCGCGCGCUUCAACGUUGCUCCUCUUCUCAACCGGUGUAUGGCAGCUCUCAUAACUUAAUCCCGUCAGCCGGCAAUGAGCGUACGCCAUCGCUCGCUUUUCUCUCCAGGAAAACCCCGUCGGACCGGCUGCUUCCCUCCUAUCCCUUGCACUUCCGGGUGUCGAGCGAGCGUCUUUUCCCGAGGAUCAGCUGUGAUACUGAAUGAGAAAAAGGCUGUGCUCCUGGUAAUCGCAGUGCACUGUUUUAAAGACAGCGUGGCAGGAGGAUUCCCGUUGCUGCCGCUCAUCUCAUCUCUUCUGAGCAGAUGUAUGAGACAUGUGUCCUGUCUCUCUGAGCUGUUUUGGGUCUAUGAUAGUGUGAUUACGGUCUGCUGAGCUCGGACUCUCCGUCUGGACUGAGUUACACUGAGAGAUCGUCGCGCUUUUCUCUAUUUUGCGCAUCCCACCGGCUGGAGAGCGACGAGCACGCGAGAGCCUGGCGGUUUUUCAUGUUUUAAUGAGGAUUCAAGUGUCUCCGGUUGGACAAUGAAGAAGUUCUUCGAUGCCCGUCGGGAGAUGGUGAGCUCCGGACCCGCGCCUGUAGCCGCGUCGGGGGGCGGCGCGGGGUCCGGCGCGUUUAUCGGACGCGUUUUCUCUGUCGGACGAUAUCAAGUGACCGUGGAGGAGACUGUGGCGGAGGGUGGUUUUGCUAUCGUAUUUCUGGUGAGGACUCAUCAGGGCGUCCGGUGUGCACUUAAGAGAAUGUAUGUCAACAAUGAACAUGACCUUCAAGUAUGCAAGAGGGAAAUUCAGAUCAUGAGGGACCUUGUGGGUAACAAAAACAUUGUUGGUUUCAUGGACUCCAGCAUCACAGCAGUCGGUUCAGGAGAUGUUUGGGAAGUUCUCAUAUUGAUGGACUUCUGUCGAGGUGGGCAGGUUGUGAACCUGAUGAAUCAGCGUUUGCAGACUGGAUUCAGUGAGACGGAGGUGCUGCAGAUCUUCUGUGACACAUGUGAAGCUGUCGCUCGACUACAUCAGUGCAAAACUCCCAUCAUCCACCGGGACCUGAAAGUGGAGAACAUCUUGCUGCAUGACAGAGGACAUUAUGUGUUGUGUGAUUUUGGCAGUGCCAUUAACCGCUCCCAGAAUCCACAAACAGAAGGUGUGGCGGCUGUAGAAGAAGAAAUCAAGAAGUACACUACUCUUUCGUACCGGGCCCCAGAAAUGGUGAAUCUAUAUGGGGGCAAAGUUAUCACUACUAAAGCAGAUAUAUGGGCUUUGGGCUGCUUGUUGUAUAAGUUGUGUUAUUUCACGUUGCCGUUUGGAGAGAGUCAGGUGGCCAUCUGUGACGGCAGCUUCACCAUCCCAGACAACUCUCGCUACUCACACGACAUGCACGCGCUCAUCCGUUACAUGCUGGAGCCAGACCCUGACAUAAGGCCAGAUAUCUACCAGGUGUCAUAUUUCGCCUUUAAACUGGCACAGAAAGAAUGCCCAGUACAGAAUAUCCACAAUUCACCCAUUCCAGCAAAACUCCCAGAUCCGAUCAGAGCCAGUGAAGCCGUGGCCAAGAAGAGCCAAAACAAAGCCAGGCUCACUGAUCCAAUCCCUGCGACUGAGACAUCCAUAGCACCACGGCAGCGUCCCAAGGCUGGCCAGGCUCAACCAAUCGCAGGCAUCCUGCCCAUCCAACCAGCCCUUACCCCUCGUAAAAGAGCCAAUGCACCUGCGGGACCCGGCCAGCCAAUCAGUGUUAACAGUGCUUCUCAGCCUGUUUCCCAAUCACAGGUUCCUGUCGCACAGCAACAAGCCACGCCCACUCCAAUGCAGGCCACGCCCUCUCCACCCCAGACCACACCCCAACAUGCACAGCUUUUUGUGCAGCAGCAAAACGCAGCCUUCUUUACUGCUCAACAACAGUCUGUUGGCGGCAGUCGUGGGGUGCUUAAAGUUGGCUCCUUGACUCCACCCUCUUCUCCCAAGACUGCCCCAAAAGGAGGCCACAGGCGAAUUCUGAGCGAUGUCACACACAGCACCAUAUUUGGAGUUCCUGUGAGCAAGUCCACUCAACUGCUUCAAGCUGCUGCUGCAGAGGCCAGCCUCAACAAGUCCAAGUCAGCUAGCACCACUCCUUCUGGUUCUCCAUGUUCAUCACAGCAGAGUGUUUAUCAGUCAGGGGAGGCUUCUGGCCCCUCUGCUGGAGCCACAGCAUCCUGGAACCCCUUUGGCGAUGACAAUUUCUCUAAACUCACAGCGGAAGAGUUGCUCAACAAGGAUUUUGCCAAACUGGAUGCUAAGACAGCCGAGAGAUCCUGCCCUGAAAAUCAGAUUUCUGGGCUGCAGUCUGUGUCUUCAAAUAAAGGCUUUCUCCAGGGAGGAGAGAAGUUGAUUGAGGGUUUGAGGUCUCCAGAGCCCUCUUCCUCCCUGAUUCUCCCUGACCCUCCCUUGAAUGACCCCUUCAGCCCUGCAGACUGUAUUCAUGCUGAGAUGGAUUCUCUGAUCCCUGGUCUGGAUCCACUACAGACUGAUCCUGGGUCAGCUGCACUACUAGAAUCUUUGGUUGGACAGGAUUCUCUUUUGGACGGGCCGCUUCUCUCCCACCCCUCCACUGGGGGUCUAAUACUGGCCUCAUCCCCGUCAUCUCUAUCUACACCAUCUAUGGACCAGUUUACUAUUACUGCUUUGAGUAGUGGGCAGUUCCACCAGGCCUCUGAUUCGGUUCACCAGGCUCUCUCAGGCUUCCAGUCCUCUGAGACUGGGGACCAAAGCUCAAGUAACCAGUUUGACCCAAUUCCAGUGCUUAUCUCCAACAGCUCCAGCCAAGAAGCCAGAAACAAGAGUGAUGGAUAUGGAUCGCAUUCGGAGGGAGUUGACCAUGAGAACCCUGUGGAGGAGGGCUGUCUUCAUUCCAGCGAUGAAGAUGAUGGAGAAACAGAAGGAGGGAGGUCACAGGUGAGCGGCGAAGAAACGCCAAGUCUGGACUGCAGCGGCUCCAGACCGUUACUUCAAGACUCGGAUGACGAUGACGACCAAAGUCCCGCAUCUUCCAGAAACCUCCAGAUGUCGUCCCAAUCCGAGGGACCAGUUGAAAACCAAUCCUUGCUGGUUUCUCAGAACCACUCGCCACAGCUGGUGUCAAAAGCCCAACAUUCAGGCGCAGAUCCAAGCCUCGACAUCUUUUACAAAGAUCCGUUUCGAAUCGGACAAGACCUAGAAGGCGACGGGGACGUGUUCGCAAAUGCGCCAUUUCCUCAUCUUCCAGCUCCGGAUAUUUUCCUGCAGGCACCCUUUGGGAGAAAGAAGGAAGCUUCUGGAAAGGUUUACACCAAUCCGGCGGCCCAGUCGGUAUUUUUACACCCCAAUCCAGGUUCUUCCCUUGACCAGAGCAUCCUCGGCCAGGUGAGCCCUCUACCCUUUCGACCCCAGGCACUUUCUAAGUAUUCCCGACACUACGAAGGACCUGUGAACACAGCCCCUGAACACAGUCUGUCGUCUGAUGGGACGUCCUCUGACCCCUUCAUCUCAGCACCCUUCCAUCUUAAGUGCCGCCAUGAUAAACGCUGAAAGAACGGCAUCUGUAAAGCCGCACCGUACUACUUUAGCCCCCUAAAAGAUUUGAGCUUAACAUAAUAAAAUGCUGUAUACUGAGUGUAAUUUAUUCAAGAAUGAAGCACAUUUAUGGCCUCUGGCUGUCUAUCUCUGGGUCAGCGUUCGAUUGUGUGACAUCUUUUGCUACCUCAGAUCAUUCUCAUGCCGUCAAGCUUCAUUUCUGUCCUGCGUAUGUACCACGUCCAUAGAAACCUGAUUUAGCAUGUCGUUUUACAAAAACGUUGGGUUGUUUUCUAUUAUGAGCAUGAGCUUAAAAAAUGAUUUACACCAUUAUGAAAUGUUUGUAUUAUUGGCCAUCCGUUCACGGGUGGUACUUCUACUAUCAAGGUAUGCCAGACAGUUUGGCAUAGCUCAGAUCUGGCAAGAGUCGUUCAUCUUAAAAAGAAGAAGAAAGAAAAAGAAACCGGGAAACAUUCCGUCUAACUAUUGAUAAAAUAUAUGUUGAUGAUUUUGUUUCCCAAAACACACACAAAGGUGUCAGCAAAAAUUUUAAAUGAAUUAUUUAUCUUCAUAUCCAGGUCACAUUUCACUCCAAAUGUAAAAGAAAUGAAUUUUAAGCACCAAAUUGUAACAUUUUCAUUAAAAGUUUCCCUCCAAAUUA